AAACACAGCUUAUAAAGCAACAAAUAAACAACUCUGGAAGGUUAGAAAAUCCGGUAGAGUUUUCUAAUUUCAUAUAAAAAUAUGAAUAUGCGUUAUUCUACGCAUAAAUUAUUGGUUUUCAAUUUGUAAGCUACUACACUACCAUGGAUAAAAUAAUAGAUGAUGAUACUCCUUCAGAUAGCAGUCUAUUGGUUAUAAUAGUGGACACCAAUCCAAAUCAGCGCUAUAUUACUGAAGAUCCAAAGGUACUGACAGGAUGCCUUGAUGCCAUUAUAGCAUUUGCUAAUUCACAUCUGAUGCAGAAAUCUAGGAACCAGUUAGCGGUAAUUGGGUGUCAUUUUCAUAAAAGUGAAUACUUAUACCCUUCUCCCGGGAAGCCUUUGGAUGUGCGGCAAAUUGACGGCCAAUAUGAACUAUUCACUCUUGUAGAAAAAACUAUCAAAAUGAGAUUAGUAAACUUAAUAAAAAGUCAGCCGCAGGAGGAGAGGCCAGGCGAGUCGCUUUUAGCUGGAGCUAUGGCCAUGGCACUCUGCUUUAUUACAAGGAUGCGCCGGCAAGCACCACCCGGCCUGCGCCAAAGCAGCCGGAUCCUAGUGGUGACGGGUAGCUCGGACACCGCUGCGCAGUACAUAAACUACAUGAACGUGUUCUUCACUGCGCAGAAGCAGCAGGUGUUGUUGGAUGUGUGCUCUCUAGACAAACAUCUCAGCCUUCUGCAGCAAGGAUGCGACAUCACAGGCGGCCUGUAUCUGAAGGUGCCUUCGCUCGAUGGACUACUGCAGUAUUUAUUGUGGGUGUUCCUACCGGAGGCGUGGGAGCGCAAGGAGCUGGUGCUGCCAGGUCGCGGGCGCGUGGACUACCGGGCCGCUUGCUUCUGCCACCGGGAACUGCUCACCAUCGGAUACGUGUGCUCCGUGUGCCUCAGCGUGUUCUGCAAAUUCAGUCCCAUAUGCACAACUUGUCAUACCGUCUUCAAAAUCGCUGGUCCGCUCGCCAUCAAACCAAAGAAGAAGAAAAUUAAAAUAUAAUAAUAAAAUUUAUUAUAAUUA